AUGCAGUUUGAUCGUCAAACCUUAUCCAUUGCAAUGCGUUUCUUGAUGGCCAAAACUCCAGAGCAAAGGGCAGAUGUUGAUCUGGACACUCAUUACACACAGCUUAGGAAUACCUUGAACAACAAAUUGGAGUUAAAACAAGAAGACAGGUAUUAUAUCAGGGAUAUGUGGAAGGGAUAUCAGCUACUGGGAUGCAGUCAAAUCAUGGGUUUGAUGGCCAGCAAUAAGGAGUUGGGCUCAAAGGGUUGGAUAAAAGUUCUACUGCAACUGAAGAAGUCCAACCUUUGCUUGAAGAAAAUGGGAAAAUUGAGGUGUGGAGGAUUAAUGGCAAUGCUAAAACCACAGUACCCAAAGAAGAUAAUGCAUCGAGGUAACAUUGCUGCUCGAUUGGCUACUACAAUGUUCAAUUCACUCAAGGGAAGACCAGUUCAGGGUCGUGUAUUUCAAGGGAAAGAGCCUCCACAGUUUGUCGCCAUCUUUCAGCCUAUGGUUGUGUUAAAGGGUGGAUUGAGCUCUGGAUACAAGAACUCCAUUGUAGAAAAAGAAUUGAAUGAUGAAACCUACACUUUAGAUGGUGUAGCCCUAAUUCAGAUAUCUGGCACUUCACCCCAUAAUAGUAAAGCCGUUCAAGUAGAUGCCGUGGCAACCUCAUUGAAUACGUAUGAAUGCUUUCUUCUUCAAUCUGGUUCUUCAUUGUUCACCUGGCAUGGAAAGCAGAGUAGUGUUGAACAGCACAACAUAGUUGCAAAAAUCGACGAAUUUUUGAAGGAGCAAGAAAAAAUGUCCCGAGCUACAGGGACACAGACACGCAUGGGUGACUAUCUCAAAGAUGUGGCAUCCAUUCAUAUCCAAAAGAUUACAGAUACAAAAGCUGAAUCAGGACUUAAAGUUGCACUCUAUCCUCGAGAAACAAGUGGGGUUGUUAAGGAUAUGGAGUCUAGCUCUCUCCAUCUUCUAGUUUUAUGUGGUGCAAAGGUGGACCGUGAGGUGUGGACUAGGUUGGCAUUGGAUAUCUAUCCUAAUGAGAGGAAAAUCGAUGGUUGGUGGGAUACGAAAAUGGUGGUUGAAGUUUCAUGUGGUGGUGGUUCUACGGAAACAACAACCAUGACAAUCGAUAUGACAUGGUUUCUCAGGCAGUUUGUUGGUGGUGCUCCAAAUCAAGCAUACUGUUCAUAA